AUGUCCUCCGACGACGCCUACAUGUCCUUUCUGAACAAAGCCAACGCGGACCUGGGCACCGCCCGCAGCAACCAGCAGACGAGCAGCAGCACCAGCAGCCAGGACCGUGCCGCGCGCACCGAAACCGUGCACACGGGCGUCAGCAUCCCCGGCCCUCUCACCUCGGUGGAUGCGUUCUACAUCUCCGAAACCGACGAGCCUUUCGAGCCGGUCGCGCUGAAAUGGGAUGGCGCCAAUCGGGGCGUGUGGCCUGAUGCUUCAAACUUCUCCAACCUCAUCGCCUCAUCCGACGACCUCACCCCAGCCAUCGAGACCCUCUCCCCGGCGUCUUUCGACCCCAGGAACCAGUACGCGUCGGCCCUGCGCGCGGUGCGCGCGGCCGCCAGCCAGGCGUCCGGCGGCGGGGAGCCCGGCGUGCAGGAGGCGGACGUCGACGUCAAGGUCUACCGCGUGGAGGUCGGGAGCGCGCGGGUCGAGUAUUAUGUGUUAGCGUUGGAUGCGGAGGGGGGCUUGCUUGUGGGGUUGAGGGCUAAGGCGAUUGAGUCUUAG